CUUUUUUUGAUAUUUCCUUAUUUUAUAAGAUUGCUAUUAUUGAUACCUUAUUUUCCUUUUACUUGAUGUUAUCUUUGCUUAUAAAAAGGGACUAAGAUCGAUUUUGAUAAUAGUCAUCCCAAAACUUGAGACUAAAAAACUUCUAUUGUUUUCGUACCCCGUCCAAAACCAUGCCUAUAUCUUACCCGAUCAGCGAGUUCGUCGUGGCUGAUACAGGUGUCUUCUGGGACAUUGCUUAUUGUCCCAUCCCUAGUGGUCUCGAUCCAGAAACGAUUUAUCAGAAUAUGAAACAAUCUCUUAAGAAUAUGGGUUACUAUGGUAAGUUGUCAAUAUUUGCUUACGGUGAUGAGAAUCAGAACCCUAAAGAUAUCGAAACGGGCGGAAUCAAGUGCGUAUUCGCAGGAGAUGAGCAGACAAGGGUUAACAAGAUCUUGCACGACCUCACCUUCUGGGGGAUACGCAGGAAAAACGAGGAGAGACGAGCGAAUGUGAUGGUCAUCUCAGGAUCCAAGUUUGAAGACGAACUCUACGUCAAGUUUCUUGGCUAUUUGAGAUCAUUAAAUACCAAUAUUCUCUUAGCGCAGCCUGAAGACUUACCAAACCCUGGUGAUGAAGCAUCAGGGACGCUACUUCGUAAUGUAAGUGAAGUGUGGCUUUGGAAAAGUCUAGCAACUGGAGAAAAGCCUAUCUACCGAAGCGGAAGUUUACAAGAUGUUGACGAUGCAUCUGCUUGUAGUAAAAAGUCGCAAGGUGUUGGCGACGACGUAAGUGGAUGAUGCUAAGGGUCACAACAUGGAAUGGAAGUAGUUGAUGCUAGGUU